AUUGAAUUGAACAUAUCAUUAUUAUACCGAGUCUAUCUACAACACUUCAACAAAGUCCUGAACAUAAUUCCCAUUGAACCAUCACAUACCCUUCAUCAUGCAGAACGAAUACGGACAGGGCAUCUCCCACGCCACCGGUGGCUCCAGAGUCCCCGACAAGGUCCAGCAGAAAGCUCCCCAAGGUCUCGAAGAAUCCUUGCCCAACAAGCUCCACGACACCGGCUCCGGAACUGGUCGCCAGACCCACGCCCUCAAUGACGGUGAAGACUCCAUCGUGCCCAAGAGCAUCCAGAAGGCCGUCCCCGAGAAGCUCGAGCGCGCACUACCCAACAAGAUCCACAACACUGGUGAUGAAUAGAUGAUUUUGCAUGGCGGAACGUCUUAUGAAUAUGGUAUUUGUGACGGUACACAAGUACUUUUUGUAGCGAGGGAGGAAUGAUUGAUGUCAUGUUGCCCCAUGUAUUAUGAAAUGUAAAACAAUGAAACUCUAAUCUGCUUGUCUG